UUCAAAACUUCAUAAGAUACUUUUCUGUUUAUUUUGAUCAAAAAUGUUUACUAAAGAGGAUUUAUCAUCAAUGAAAUAUAAGGAAUUAGUUGUUAUAGCAAAACAGUAUGGUGUUUAUAAAUCCCGGAGUAAAAAGGUUAAUUUGUUGAAUAAGCUGCUGUCCAUACCUUUUGACCAGGUGGUGGUUAAUCAACCUGUUUCAAUAAAUGAUAAAAGUGAUACAAACAUAGUUGAUACAACCCAGAAAACUGAUUGUUUUGAGAGCAAGAUGAGUCCUGCACCUCUUAGAAGAGAGACUUUUGAUGUUGUUCCAUUUGCUGAAGGCAGAGAUAAUAUAACAGUUGAAGACAAUUUCAGUAAUAUUGAUGGAGAAAUAUUGGACAUUAACGUUCCUUCAAUUAGAAGAGAAACAUUUGACGUUGACAAAGUUUCAGAUUCUAGAAUGUCUGCAGUCAAAGAUGACCUUCAAAUCACUAAUGACAAAGAAAACCUGUCUUCUGAAAAAUCUUUCUUAAGACAGAACACUUUCAAUAUAGAUAAACCAAAAGAAAAAUUAUCUGAUAAAACGGUAAUACCGACAACACCUACUGUUUUGAGACAAGGCACCUUUAGUAUAGAUACACCAAACAAAAAUAACAUAUUUGAAGAAAUGCCUGGCUUACUUCGCAAAGAAUUUAAGAGCACACCAGUUAAACCAUACAUUUUAAAUGGAGCAGCCACUUGUUCACCUGUCAGGACCAGAAAUUCUAUUCAUCGUUCUGUUGGUUCAGUAAAAUCUAUUGGCCAGAGAAUAGAAAAUCAAAGAACUGCCAAAAGUGAACGAAGACCAUCCAGUAGAGGUUCAAAGACACAAAAGAAUUUUUCUGUUAAAAAUAAUCUCUCUGUUAAUAUGGUAUCAGUUACUACACCAGUAAGGAUUCACAAAACUUCUGUUAAGGGAGGAAGAAUAGAAAAAAAAAUAACACCUAGUAAAUUACCAAAUUUCAAAGCAAUUCAUUUGCGUGAAUUUUCUAAAAUGGAAUCCAUAGUAGAACACACUAAAAGGAAGGAAGAAAGGACAAAGGCUCUUUUAACCCCUGUAAAGUUGAACCCGAUUGCUGGAAAUGUGUCUAAAGGAACAUCCUUAGUUACCAGUCGUAUACCUGUUAAAUUUGAUAUGCCAGCAACUGUUGAACCAAAAACAACAUCAUUUACCCCUAGCAAAGGAAAGCUAAGUGUGAAUACCCACACCCAGAAAAAUACAAAUUUAAAGAAGAGUUGUGUGUCAAAUGUUAAAGAUAAAUUGAAAUUCAUAGAUUCACCUAUGACAAAAGUAAAAAGAAGAUCUGGAUCUGGUGCAGUUAAGGAUGUUACCAAUAAAAUUGCCUCUAAUCCUAAAAAGAGAGUUGAAAAUGUUAAGGAAAUCGUAACCAGUAAAAUGCAUCCCUUCUCUGUGGAAAGAAAUCGAGCUAAAGGAAGAGAUUUCUUGCAGUCUGUCCGUAUGAAUAGAAGAUUCCAACUUCAAAUGGAUGUUAUGAGAAAAGCCAAAGUUUAAAAAUACUUUAUAGACUAGUAUUGGUUUUUAAUUAAGAUUGACAUUUUCAUGAUUUUUUAUAAACUUAAGAAAAAUUAUAGAUUCUAUAUAUUUAUCCUAAUUGAUUUUAUGUUAUAAUCUAUAAUACAUUAUAUUUCUAAUGUUGCAUAGUGAUUUAUAGAUCUCUUUUAACCCUACUCUAUGAUUGAUUACAAAUUUUU